CUUAUGGACGUAUUUUAGAUAUUGUUGCUUUGAAAACUAUAAAAAUGCGCGGCCAAGCUUUUAUUGUUUUCAAGGAAAUUCAAAGCGCUACGGCGGCUAUGAGAGGACUUAAUGGCUUUAAUUUUUACGACGUGCCUAUG